AUUCUUUUUUCUUCACUCUUCACUCUACUGAAUAAGUCUUCCCUUUUGGUCUAUACUCAUGUUCACCCGCCGAUUUGAAGGCGUCUAAUCUAACAUGUCACGGCGAGCUACUGCUCCCUACUUCUUCCGUUUUCUCUUUCUUACCUUCCUUUUCUCUUGUCUUUCCCGCUGUGGAGCUGCUGAGUUUGAUAUCCUACUCAAAUUCAAAGCCGCUCUUCAUUCUUCUGAUACGCAUGCUUUUCAUUCAUGGAUACCGGGAAAUGCACCCUGCAACUUCACCGGAGUUUUAUGCGGUUCCGAUGGAUCCGUGACGGAAAUCAAUUUGCCCAAUCAGCGUUUGGUCGGAGUCCUUCCACUCGAUUCCAUCUGUCAGCUUCCAUCCCUGCGGGUGCUCUACCUUGGAAACAAUUUCCUCCACGGACCCAUUACACAGGACUUGAACAACUGUACUAGACUGCAGCAUUUGGAUCUCGGUUUCAAUUUUUUCUCCGGAAGGGUGCCCGAUCUCUCCUCUCUCAGCAAAUUAGAGCUCCUCAAUCUAAAUGGCAGUGGAUUUUCGGGUCCUUUUCCAUGGAAAUCACUAGAAAACCUGACCAAUCUCGCCUUCUUGAGUCUCGGAGACAAUCAAUUCGAUGCGAGUCCUUUCCCAUUGGAGGUUCUGAAGCUCCGGAAGCUGCACUGGCUCUACCUCUCGAAUUGCAGUCUCCAAGGACAAAUUCCAACAGGUAUCGGGAAUCUCGUCCUGCUCACAAACCUAGAACUCUCCAGCAAUGAUUUAAUCGGUAAUAUUCCCGCCGAUAUCGUGAAUCUUAAAAAUCUCACGCAGCUUGAGUUAUAUGCCAAUGGAUUGACCGGAAACAUUCCAGUCGGGUUCGGAAAGCUCACCAGUCUCCGUAACUUCGACGCUUCGACUAACAAUCUCGAAGGAGAUCUCUCGGAACUCAGGUCCUUGACGCAGCUCAUCUCUCUGCAACUCUUCGAGAAUAGUUUUUCGGGAGAAAUCCCAAAAGAGUUUGGGGAUUUUAAGUAUCUCGUGAAUUUGACGCUUUACCGGAACAACUUAACUGGUAGUCUCCCUCAGAGGCUUGGUUACUGGACGGACUUCGAUACCAUCGAUGUCUCUGAGAAUUAUUUGACGGGUCCGAUUCCGACUGAUAUGUGCAAGAAUGGCAAAUUGAAAGUCUUGCUCAUGCUGCAGAAUAAGUUUACCGGAGAAAUUCCGGCCACUUACUCGAAUUGUUCGACUCUAACUCGUUUCCGAGUAAGCAAUAAUUCCCUUUCUGGCAGUGUCCCUGCAGGAAUAUGGGGUUUGCCCAAUCUCAACAUCAUCGAUUUCGCUAUGAAUCACCUGGAAGGAGCCAUUACGUCCGACAUCGCGAAUGCCAAAGCACUCUGGCAGUUAUACAUCGCAAAUAAUAGAUUUUCAGGUGAAUUGCCGUCUGAAAUUUCAGAAGCGACGGCUGUGGUUUCUAUUGAUUUGAGUUCUAACAAUUUUUCAGGUGACAUUCCGCUUAGUAUCGGAAAAUUAAAGAAGCUCAACAUUAUUCAGCUGCAGGAUAACAUGUUUUCCGGCAGAAUACCCGAUUCGUUAGGUUCAUGCGUUUCUCUGAACGUCAUAAAUUUCGCCAAUAACUCGCUCACGGGUCAAAUUCCAUCGACACUGGGGACAUUACCCUCCCUGAACUCGUUAAACCUAUCGAAUAACCAGCUAACGGGAUCAAUUCCGGCGAGUCUAUCUUCUCUUAGGCUUAGCCUUUUCGAUGUGUCACACAACAGAUUAACGGGAUGCAUACCGCAAUCUCUUGCGCUGGAAGGUUAUAACGGCAGCUCCGCUGGUAGCCCCGGACUCUGUGGUUCGAACAAUGGCUGCUAUGGUCCCUGUCCGUCAGAUUCUGGCAGUUCAGUGGGGCUUCUUACACUUGUAUUUUGUUUCGUAGCGGGAAUUGUUGUAUUGAUAGCGUUGCUUGGGUGCUUCAUUUUUAUAAAAAGUAAGAGACGAAAUGAUGAACAAGACCGUGCAUUGUCAAAAGACUCUUGGAAUGUAAAAUCAUUUCGUGUGUUGAGUUUCAGCGAAGAAGAUAUAUUGAAUUCGAUAAAAGAGGAGAAUUUGAUUGGGAAGGGAGGGUCUGGAAAGGUUUAUAAGGUGAUUCUGGGGAACGGAAAGGAGCUGGCGGUAAAACACAUAUGGAACUCAAAAUCCGAGGGCCGGAAAAGCCAGAGUAGUAGCACGGCGAUGCUGAAGAAGAAGAGAUCAGGAAACCCGCCGGAAUUCGACGCGGAGGUGACGGCACUGAGCUCGAUACGACACGUCAACGUGGUGAAACUGUAUUGCAGCAUAACCAGUGAAGAUUCGUGUCUGUUGGUGUACGAAUUCCUGCCCAACAGAAGUUUGUGGGACAGAUUGCACACGUGUCAAAUGAGAGAACUCGAUUGGAAUACACGUUACGAGAUCGCGAUCGGGGCGGCGAAGGGAUUAGAGUAUCUGCAUCACGGUUACGAACGUCCCGUCAUACAUCGUGACGUGAAAUCCAGUAAUAUAUUGUUGGACGAGUUUCUAAAGCCCCGAAUCGCCGAUUUCGGACUCGCAAAGAUCGUGCACGCAAGUGGUGGUGGUGGGAGCGAUUCGAGUCAGGUCAUCCCGGGAACGCACGGUUACAUCGCUCCUGAAUACGCAUAUACGUGCAAAGUGAACGAGAAGAGCGAUGUGUACAGCUUUGGAGUGGUUUUAAUGGAGCUGGUGACGGGAAAGAAGCCAAUAGAGGCGGAAUACGGAGAGAACAAGGACAUAGUGCAGUGGGUAUAUAGCAAGGCGGGGAGCAGGGAGAGCAUGACAGAAGUGGUGGACGAAAGGAUCCCCCAAGGGUUCAGGGAAGAUGCGGUGAAGGUGUUGAGAAUAGCGAUUCGUUGCACAGCAAGGCUUCCGGUGCUGAGACCUUCCAUGAGGACGGUGGUUCAAAUGCUGGAGGACGCUGAGCCACGUCAAUUGGUCAGCAUUGCCAUUGCUGAAGACGACCGUACUCACGACGGAGUCCACACUGAGGACAAGAAUGUCGACCACAUCGAUCAGUGGCCCUGAUGUGGAAAGUUGUCCUUGACUAGUUUAAUUUUUUUUUUGUGUGUGUUAUAUGAUGGGUUCAGGUGGGAAUUAAUCAAGGCUCUACGUCUGUCUCUACCUUGUUUUCCUCCUAGCUUAGCUCCUUUUAAUUUCUACUUGCUUUAAAGUGCUUCAUUUCGAGCGGCAGUCGGCAGGUAUGAACUAUUGAGUAUACAUUUCGAGCGGGAGAUGUUCGGCUCGGCUCGAUCGGUUGUAAAUAAAACAACAUUUCACAAUAAAUAGACUAAAGUCGCUGAUGGUAAUGCUGCACGAUUUUAUCUCCA